AUGAAUGAUGAGCAAUUGGAAGGGAUUAAAGAAUUGGGAACGAUGGUUUUGAAUUCUCCGAAUAUCACGGAGAAGGGAGUGAAAAAGAGAUUGGAGAAUUGGUUGGAAAGUUAUCCUGGACCCGGUUCUGUUCUCGAGUUUCGAUUCAAACCGAGCUCUCCGGAUUUCGAUAAAAAUAGUAUUUUUAGCCAUCUGAUGAAGGCUGAAAUAUCAUGGAAACGAUCCUUUGAAUUCGCGAUAAGCUUCACUCUGAAUUCUGGUCGAAUUCUGGAAUACGAUGGACAUUAUUUUGAUGGGAAUGAAGGAUUUCAUUUGAUGAAAAUCGUUAUUCCGAUGGAUUGGAAACCGAAACACAGGGACGAUUUCUAA